AUGAUCGCACUGACUGGUGGGGGUGGGGAUGUGAAGGAAGGGGAGUGUCUGGCACUUGCGAAGAUUCCUGUGAUCGGUGGACUGUCCUCGACGUUGCUUACUCAAGCCGCUUGUCUCCAACCGAAGAAAAAUACGGAUACGGAAGAAUACGAGUGGUACUGCAUUUUAGAAGCAGGAAGUAUAAGAGCAGGAUUCUCCGGGUAUAAACUGAAUGGGAUGUCCGGCGAGGAUGACUGGUUAGUUCAGGCAGCGGCUCGUGAAGCUGGCAUGCUUCCUCCAGCACCUGACUCGUUUGAGGAUUCGGAUCGCUUCGAAGGUGACUCUGAAUGCUCGUGGGUAUCCAGUGAAAGCCUCACACUCGCAAAGAAUUGGCGUGGAUGGUCCCAGUCUUCACCCGGCGAUACCAUUCAAUCAGGCAAGUUUAUCAUUCGCAUAUCCACAUGUAUUUAUCCGUACCAGUGCAGCUAUUCACAUUCGGGCCGGUAUUCAUCGGCAUCGAAUACUGUAACUCAAAGAAGUGUUUCAUCAGAAAAAGCCCCAAAAUCUGUCGCCUCAUUGUCCGACUUAGCUGCUCGGGUAUGUGCUCGCCAGAUGUCGUUUGUGGAGUUGGAAAGAAAUUACCGUGAUAUUUGUCAGAGUGGAAAACAGAAAAGUGAAUUUCCUGUGUCUCACUCGUUGCCGGACAAGUUAUUCCUUUCUGUGGUCUACUGGUGUUUCCCAGCUACAGCGGACGAUAUUCGAUUGUACAGUUGUCUCGCGAACGGAAAUGCUGACGAGUUCAAUAAUGGCGACAGUCUGUAUCAAACAGGGGCCGUUCGUGAUGUUGUACAAAUAGGAUACUUACUCUCUGCAACAGUUUGUGCAUCUCAUCAAGACUGUGUCCAAAUACAGCGACCCAGUCGUGUUACUCACAAUGUAUCCUUGAGUGUAGAUAGAUGCAGGGUAGUCUCGUGUGACUGUUCGUGUCCCUCGAAAUCAGCAUGGUGUCAGCACGUGGUUGCCCUUUGUUUGUUCAGAAUUCAUCGCCCGAAUGAGGUGCAGUUCAGAGUAACGAUUUGGGACUCUGUCAACGAACUAUCUGUGGAUAAGCUCAAAAAAUUCGCGCAGUACUUGGUUAAUGAGCUCCCGAAAGAGUAUCUUCCCAUUGCCCAACGAUUGCUCGAUCAACUCAAAUGCCCUGAAUCAGAGAUCAAUCAAUCUCUGGGAGCUCCUGACCCUACCGAUGGCGGACAUGAACAGACUGCUAUUUGGGCGCUCGAUGUUGAUGG